UACUAUUGAACUUUGUUCCCAAAAAUGACUGCACACUUCUCACUUUCUGUUUUCUCACAUUUCACAAACCAAAUUUACUCACUUAUUGUCAGUAUUUAAUUUAAUUUAAUUCAAUUUAAUACAAUUACAUUCCAAACAAAAUCCCACUCAAAACUUAAUUAUUACUAGUACUAAAUAAUAAUAAUAAUAAACAAAUGGAUUUCUUGUUUGAUCUAGAAAACCCAUUAAUAAGCUUCAAAGAACAUCAAUCCGACAUCGUACCAACUUUGUUUUCCGAUGAAUGUGUUCUCUUUGUUGACAAUUUUCCCGCCAAAUUUCGUCGUGAUGGGUUGAUGGUUAUUUCAAAGUUUUGUGAAAAUUUGGAUCCUUUAGUGAGUUAUCUUGCGGUUAAUUAUAUGGAUCGAUUUAUCUCCACUCAAAAAGUUAUAAAUCAGGAGAAGCCUUGGAUGGUUGGACUUGUAGCGAUUACAUGUCUUUCUCUAGCAGCAAAAAUGAGGAAUUCCAGUAUAGAUAUCUCUAACUUAUCGGGAUAUCAACGUAUGGUUUACGACGCAAAGUUGAUUGGUAGAAUGGAGGUUUUGAUUCUUACCUGUCUGAAAUGGCGAAUGCGAUCAAUUACACCUUUUUCAUUCAUCUGUUACUUCCUAUCGUUGCUUAAGCUUAAGGAUAUGACGUUUUUAUCACAAGCUAUCAAAGAGAGAGCUUCAAGGAUUAUAUUGAAAUCUUCCUAUGAAAUCAAGUUGUUAGAAUUCAGACCAUCAGUAAUUGCAGCAUCUGCUCUUCUUCAUGCAUCUCAAGAUCUAGUUCCCCGUCAACAUUCUCAUAUCAGAGCUGCAAUUUCUACUUGUAAAUAUCUAAACAAUGAAAAUGUGGAGGAUUGUUUAUGCAUAAUGCAGGAAAUGGGAUUCGAUUCAAGUGAGUCGAUUAGUGUUCUUGACUACCAAUGUCCAAGCAGUGAAAGUGACAGUAGUACAAGCAUCAAAAAGAGAAGAUUGGAUGACGUGUUUUAGCAAUGAUCUGACUAUCCGAUUUUCACAGAUUCAAAUUCAUUAAAUUUGAUCACAUUUGGGAUCUUUAGCUAUGCAUCAAUCGCGUGUACAUCACAAAUUUUCGCUUUGUAUGUUGAUGUGAUUAAAGAUAUGUAAUGUAAAAGUAAUUAAUGCUUUGCUGUCUUCGCAUGUAUGUUGAGAUGUUAGUAACUAUGAACAUCAAAUUAAAACAUCAUUCAUAUUAGAUUAUAAAAUUUUUGUUAGAGUAAUAAA